AUGGGCCUCCGACAGCCGGAGGGCUCGUCAGAUCCGUCCUCGGCCAUCAGUUCAGUGUACUCGGAUCGCGAGAAUGGAGACCGCGAAAACAACGUGAACGGCCUCCUUCCCGAUCUGGAUAAAUUGAGUCUAGAGAAGGGCCGGCCCCUCGAUGUGGAUGAUCUCGAUGAUGAAGGCUGGCACGCGGCCAGUGAACAGAAUAUGAUUGUUGAACUAGGGAGUCUGGGAGAGGGUGCUGGCGGAGCCGUCACCCGAUGCCGACUCAAGGAGGGAAAGACCGUUUUUGCAUUGAAGAUCAUUACAACCGACCCCAACCCUGAUGUCAAGAAACAAAUUGUUCGUGAGCUUAACUUCAACAAAGACUGCGCCUCGCACCACAUCUGUCGUUACUAUGGUGCUUUCAUGGAUAAAUCGACUGGCACCAUCUCUAUCGCCAUGGAGUUCUGUGAAGGUGGAAGUCUGGACAGUAUCUACAAAGAGGUCAAAAAGCUUGGUGGUCGCACUGGAGAGAAGGUCCUUGGCAAGGUCGCAGAAGGUGUCUUGAAUGGAUUGACCUAUCUCCAUAGCCGAAAGAUCAUCCAUCGAGACAUCAAACCAUCGAACAUUCUCCUGUGUCGUGAUGGCAAGGUCAAACUCUGCGACUUUGGUGUCAGCGGUGAAUUCGGCACCAAGGGUGACGCUAACACCUUCAUUGGCACUUCCUACUAUAUGGCCCCAGAGCGCAUUACUGGUCAAUCAUACACCAUUACAUCUGACGUUUGGUCUCUCGGCGUGACUUUGCUGGAAGUCGCGCAGCACCGAUUCCCUUUCCCGGCCGACGGGACUGAGAUGCAACCCCGUGCAGGGCUAAUAGAUCUUCUCACCUAUAUCGUCCGCCAGCCAAUUCCCAAGUUGAAGGAUGAGCCACAAAAUGGCAUUCGCUGGUCGGACAACUUCAAAUACUUUAUCGAAUGCUGCUUGGAAAAAGAACCCCCUCGACGUGCGACGCCCUGGCGGAUGCUGGAACAUCCAUGGGUGCAGGAUAUGAGAAACAAGAAGGUUAACAUGACGAACUUUAUAAGGCAGGUUUGGGAUUGGAAAGAGUAA